UUCUCUACUUCGAACCACAAAUCUUUGAAUCCCCAAAGGCCCAAACCCUAAUUCAACAAUAAGAUUGGAUCUUCAGAAACCUAAUUCCCUGCUUGGAUCUUAAUUCCCUCCUAAAACAAUUUUUUAUAUGAAGCCUCCUUGGCUAUCUCCUUUUUUUUCCUGCAUUUCAGUUGAUAUAGAUUUGCAUUUUAGUGGUUUUUUGCAGUGAAUGCUAAAUUAUGGAUAUUUCUGAAGUUGAAGAGAACCUAUUUGCAGUUAGUGAUGCAAAGUUGCAUGGAGAUAUGUAUAAGACACUUUCUGCAAUUUAUUGCAAAGUUUCAUUAAUAUUUUCUUCCUUAGAAUCAGCAAGGCCAAGGAGCAAAUCUGGCAUUCAGGCUUUAUGCUCAUUGCAUAUGGUUCUAGAGAAGGCCAAAAAUGUUCUUCAGCACUGCUCUACAUGUAGUAAACUUUACUUGGCUAUUACUGGAGAUUCUGUUCUUUCAAAGUUCGAGAAGGCAAAAUAUGCUUUUAUUGAUAGUCUUAGGCGCGUAGAAGAUAUAAUUCCACAGUCUAUUGGAUGUCAGGUUUCAGAGAUUGUGAGUGAACUUGAGGGGACUGUUUUCUCACUUGAUCCAUCUGAGAAGCAAAUUGGUGAUGAUAUCAUUGAAUUACUUCAGCAUGGGAGAAAAUUUGAUGACUGUAACAAUAACAAUGAGCUCAAGUCUUUUCACCAGGCUGUUACGAGACUUGGUAUUACUUCUUCAAGAGCAGCCCUAACUGAAAGAAGGGCUCUCAAGAAGGUUAUAGAAAGAGCUCGUGCUGAGGAAGACAAGAGGAAGGAAUCUAUUGUGGCUUAUCUUUUACAUCUCAUGAAGAAAUACUCCAAGUUAUUUCGAAGUGAGGUUUCAGAUGAUAAUGAUUUGCAGGGUUCAACACCUUGUUCCCCCACUGUUCAGGGUUAUCUUGAGGGUGGAGGGGCUGGUGGUAAUGGCCUGGCAUUUGAGCGGCAGCUAUCUAAGCUCAGUUCUUUUAAUUUCAAGCGAAAUAUUAGAUCUGGUCAUAUGCCCCUUCCCCCUGAAGAAUUACGAUGUCCAAUAUCAUUGCAGCUUAUGCACGAUCCAGUCAUAAUUGCUUCUGGACAAACAUAUGAAAGAAUCUGCAUCGAGAAAUGGUUUAGUGAUGGACAUGACACCUGCCCAAAGACUCAACAGGAGAUUCCGCAUCUCUUUUUGACUCCUAAUUACAGUGUUAAGGGUCUCGUUGCAAGUUGGUGUGAACAGAAUGGAGUUCCUAUUCCCAAUGGUCCCCCUGAAUCUCUUGAUUUUAACUACUGGAGACUUGCCUUGUCCGAGUCUGAGACUACAAGUUCAAGAUCAAAGGAUAGUGCCGGUUCAUGCAACUUAAAGGGGGAUAAGGCGGUUCCUUUAGAGGAGAGUGUCACUGUUGAGAAAGCGGCAGGAAAUGAAGCGGAAAAUGGAUAUUCAUGCCCACAAGAGCAAGUUUCGGAGCGUAAUGUGCUAGAAAGUUAUCAGGAUUUCCUAUCUAUCCUGAAUGAAGAAGAGAACUUGCAGAAAAGGUGCAAAGUCGUGGAACAAAUAAGGCUUUUGCUGAAGGAUGAUGAUGAGUUUAGGAUCUUUAUGGGGGCUAAUGGCUUUGUUGAGGGAUUAUUGCGAUUUCUAAGUUCAGCUGUGCAUGAAGGGAAUACAAUGGCUCAGGAAAUUGGUGCAAUGGCUCUCUUUAACCUUGCUGUCAACAAUGACAGGAACAAGGGAUUGAUGUUAGCAUCCGGAGUAAUUCAAUUGCUGGAGAAUAUGGUUUCCAACUCCGAUGCACAUGAAUCAGCAGCUGCCCUCUAUCUUAAUCUCUCUUGCCUCGAACAAGCCAAAUCUAUCAUAGGCUCAAGUACGGCUGUACCAUUCUUAGUUCGGUUACUUGGUGGUGAAACUGAUCCAAAAUGCAAGCUAGAUGCCCUUCACACUCUUUAUAACCUCUCUACUGUGCCGUCCAACAUUCCAAGCCUUCUUUUUGCUGGCAUAAUCAAUGGCCUCCAGUCGCUUGUGGUCUCGGGUAACCAUACUUGGAUAGAGAAAUCCAUUGCAGUUUUGAUAAACAUAGCUUCGAGUCCAACAGGAAAAGAUGAGAUGGUAUCGGCCUUUGGUCUCAUAAGUGGUCUGGCAUCAGUCCUUGAUGCUGGGGAAUCGAUUGAGCAAGAGCAAGCUGUUUCAUGCCUUCUGCUUCUUUGUACUGGACAUGAGAAAUGCAGUCAAAUGGUCCUACAAGAAGGUGUGAUACCUGCACUGGUGUUGAUUUCAGUAAAUGGGACAACAAGAGGGAGGGAGAAGGCACAAAAGCUUCUGGUGCUCUUCCGAGAACAACGGCAACGAGAUCAACUGCCAGUUGAGAAAUACAAGCCAGUUGAAAGCAGUGAAGAUCCGAUGCCUGCUCCAGCCUCAUCUAUAGAAAUGAAGCCAUUCCGUAAAUCGGCAUCGAGAAGGAAAAUAGGGAAAGCCUUUAGCUUUCUAAAGAAGAGCAAGAGCUACACGGUUUGUCAGUGCUGAAAAGAGUGGCAAAAGAUAGCCUAAUGUAAAUUUGACUCAGUUGUAUCUUCUUUUUCUUUGGUUAUCAUAUAGAGAAGCAGAAAAUGUACAGACCUUUUGUUUAUUACGUCA